AUCAGAACAUAUAAUAAGGCAAAAGCUGAAGCAAAGUACCAUAAUUUAAUCAAUGGAAAUUAAUUUCAAUGUUUUAUCAAAACCCAUUCGAGGAUCUUUUCCAUCUUUCUCACCUAAAGUUUCUUCAGGGGCUUCUAGAAAUAAGAUAUGUUUUCCUUCUCAACAUAGUACUGGACUGAAGUUUGGAUCUCAGGAACGGUCUUGGGAUAUUUCUUCCACCCCAAAAUCAAGAGUUAGAAAAGAUGAAAGGAUAAAGCACAGUUCAGCUAUUUCCGCUGUUUUGACCGAUGACAAUUCGACAAUGGCACCCCUGGAGGAAGAUGUCAAGACUGAAAAUAUUGGCCUCCUAAAUUUGGAUCCAGCUUUGGAACCUUAUCUAGAUCACUUCAGAUACAGAAUGAAGAGAUAUGUGGAUCAGAAAAUGCUCAUUGAAAAAUAUGAGGGACCCCUUGAGGAAUUUGCUCAAGGUUAUUUAAAAUUUGGAUUCAACAGGGAAGAUGGUUGCAUAGUCUAUCGUGAAUGGGCUCCUGCUGCUCAGGAAGCAGAAGUUAUUGGCGAUUUCAAUGGAUGGAACGGUUCCAACCACAUGAUGGAGAAGGACCAGUUUGGUGUUUGGAGUAUUAGAAUUCCUGAUGUUGACAGUAAGCCAGUCAUUCCACACAACUCCAGAGUUAAGUUUCGUUUCAAACAUGGUAAUGGAGUGUGGGUAGAUCGUAUCCCUGCUUGGAUAAAGUAUGCCACUGCCGACGCCACAAAGUUUGCAGCACCAUAUGAUGGUGUCUACUGGGACCCACCACCUUCAGAAAGGUACCACUUCAAAUACCCUCGCCCUCCCAAACCCCGAGCCCCACGAAUCUACGAAGCACAUGUCGGCAUGAGCAGCUCUGAGCCACGUGUAAAUUCGUAUCGUGAGUUUGCAGAUGAUGUUUUACCUCGGAUUAAGGCAAAUAACUAUAAUACUGUCCAGUUGAUGGCCAUAAUGGAACAUUCUUACUAUGGAUCAUUUGGAUAUCAUGUUACAAACUUUUUUGCUGUGAGCAGUAGAUAUGGAAACCCAGAGGACCUAAAGUAUCUGAUAGAUAAAGCACAUAGCUUGGGUUUACAGGUUCUGGUGGAUGUAGUUCACAGUCAUGCAAGCAAUAAUGUCACUGAUGGCCUCAAUGGCUUUGAUAUUGGCCAAGGUUCUCAAGAAUCCUACUUUCAUGCUGGAGAGCGAGGGUACCAUAAGUUGUGGGAUAGCAGGCUGUUCAACUAUGCCAAUUGGGAGGUUCUUCGUUUCCUUCUUUCCAACUUGAGGUGGUGGCUAGAAGAGUAUAACUUUGACGGAUUUCGAUUUGAUGGAAUAACUUCUAUGCUGUAUGUUCAUCAUGGAAUCAAUAUGGGAUUUACAGGAACCUAUAAUGAGUAUUUCAGCGAGGCUACAGAUGUUGAUGCUGUGGUCUAUUUAAUGUUGGCCAAUAAUCUGAUUCACAAGAUUUUCCCAGACGCAACUGUUAUUGCCGAAGAUGUUUCUGGUAUGCCGGGCCUUGGCCGGCCUGUUUCUGAGGGAGGAAUUGGUUUUGAUUACCGCCUGGCAAUGGCAAUCCCAGAUAAGUGGAUAGAUUAUCUAAAGAAUAAGAAUGAUGAAGAUUGGUCCAUGAAGGAAGUAACAUCGAGUUUGACAAAUAGGAGAUAUACAGAGAAGUGUAUAGCAUAUGCGGAGAGCCAUGAUCAGUCUAUUGUCGGUGACAAGACCAUUGCAUUUCUCCUAAUGGACAAAGAGAUGUAUUCUGGCAUGUCUUGCUUGACAGAUGCUUCUCCUGCUGUUGAUCGAGGAAUUGCGCUUCACAAGAUGAUCCAUUUUUUCACAAUGGCCUUGGGAGGAGAGGGAUACCUCAAUUUCAUGGGUAAUGAGUUUGGCCAUCCUGAGUGGAUUGACUUCCCUAGAGAGGGCAAUAAUUGGAGUUAUGACAAAUGUAGACGCCAGUGGAACCUCGCGGAUAGUGAACACUUGAGAUACAAGUUUAUGAAUGCAUUUGAUAGAGCUAUGAAUUUGCUCGAUGAAAAGUUCUCAUUCCUCGCAUCAGGAAAACAGAUAGUAAGCAGCAUGGAUGAUGAUAAUAAGGUUGUUGUGUUUGAACGUGGUGACCUGGUAUUUGUAUUCAACUUCCACCCAAAUAACACAUACGAAGGGUAUAAAGUUGGAUGUGACUUGCCAGGGAAGUACAGAGUUGCACUGGACAGUGAUGCUUGGGAAUUUGGUGGCCAUGGAAGAACUGGUCAUGAUGUUGACCAUUUCACAUCACCAGAAGGAAUACCUGGAGUUCCAGAAACAAAUUUCAAUGGUCGUCCAAAUUCCUUCAAAGUGCUGUCUCCUGCGCGAACAUGUGUGGCUUAUUACAGAGUUGACGAAUGCAUGUCAGAAACUGAAGUUUACCAGACAGACAUUUCUAGUGAGCUACUACCAACAGCCAAUAUCGAGGAGAGUGACGAGAAACUUAAAGAUUCAUUAUCUACAAAUAUCAGUAACGUUGACGAACGCAUGUCAGAAACUGAAGUUUACCAGACAGACAUUUCUAGUGAGCUACUACCAACAGCCAGUAUCGAGGAGAGUGACGAGAAACUUAAAGAUUCAUUAUCUACAAAUAUCAGUAACAUUGGUCAGACUGUUGUAGUUUCUGUUGAGGAGAGAGACAAGGAACUUAAAGAUUCACCAUCUGUAAGCAUCAUUAGUGAUGUUGUUCCAGCUGAAUGGGGUGAUUCGGAUGCAAACGUCUGGGGUGAGGACUAGUCAGAUGAUUGAUCGAUCCUUCUACGUUGGUGAUCUUGGUCCGUGCAUGAUGUCUUCAGGGUGGUAGCAUUGACUGAUUGCAUCAUAGUUGUUUUUUUUUUUUUAAGUAUUUCCUCUAUGCAUAUUAUUAGCAUCCAAUAAAUUUACUGGUUGUUGUACAUAGAAAAAGUGCAUUUGCAUGUAUGUGUUUCUCUGAAAUUUUCCCCAGUUUUUGGUGCUUUUCCUUUGGAGCCAAGUCUCUAUAUGUAAUAAGAAAACUAAGAACAAUCACAUAUAUAAAAUGUUAGUAG